CACUGAUGCACACUGAUAGGCGGCACUGACUGGCACUGAUAGGUGGCACUGAUAGGUGGCACUGAUUGGCAUUGAUAGGUGGCACUGAGUGGCACUGAUGGGUGACACUGAAAGGCAGCUCAGAUGGGCACUGAUAUGUGGCACUGGCACGUGGCACUGUUCAGCACUGGCAGCUGGCAUUGAUGGACACUGACAGGUGGCACUUCUGGGGCCACACUGAUCAUCAGAGCACACUGAUCAUCAGUGCCCUGAUGAUCACUGUCAGCGUGACAGCUCGUGAGGAGAGAAAUGCUGAUAACUGGCAUUUUCCUGUUUACAUGUGAUCAGCUGUGAUUGGA